CGUCAAGUGCGAGUAAACCAUGUUUUCUGCUUUCACGUUCACGUUUGUGUAGGGAAAACACAAAACAUUAGAAAACAAAUGUAUUUUUCAAAACUGUACGAAUUUGUUCACUUACAAAUUUCAAAUAUAUUUAUAUUAUUUAAACAAAACAUUUAUAUAAAUACAGUAAACUAGAGAAAGUUGUGUUUUGCGUUAACUUAACUUUUGCACGUGUUUAAAGAUAAUGUGAAGAUCAUGUCUGCAGUUUAUUAAUCUUAUACGAUUUAAAUCUUGUUUUUGAUGAUAAUCCUUCAAUAUAUUCACAAUGAGUUAUAACUCAGAACUAAAUAAGUGCAGAUUAGAAGAACUAGUAAUAAAAAGUGCAGAAAGAUUCCCACAAAAUGAGGCUGUUGUCUUUACUGAUGAACAACAUUGUGUUUCACUUACUUUUAGUAAAUUGCUUGAAAUAUCUACAGCAAUUUCCAAAUUACUCAUAAAGAACUGUGCUUUGAAUCAAGUGAUUAUGUGCAUAAACAAGGCAUCAAUUUUGACCCCAUCUUUUAUUUUAGGAAUUUUACAAGCAAAUGCAUAUUUUUACUUCAUUGAUUUAAGAAAUCCACUGGAAUUUGUUAAAAAUUCAAAAAAAUACAUUUUUCUUAAAUUCUGUUUAAUUGAAGCUGAUGUUUUUGAAAUUUUAAGAAGACAGAAAAAGUUGAAUUUAAUUGUAGUAGAUGAAUUAUUUUCUGAAUUUAAUAAAAUUAUUUUACUGAAAUUAUCUACAAAUGAUGAAAACAAAAAUGAUACUUUACUAAGCAAAAAUAGUAGUGAUUUAACUGAUAAAGCAUUGGCAUAUAUGAUACAAACAUCUGGAACAACUGGUCAACCAAAAGUGGUAUUUGUACCUCAUAGAUGCAUUGUUCCUAAUGUUUUACAUUUAAGAUCAAUAUUCGAAGUUCACCCUGAAGAUAACAUUAUACAAUUGGCUCCUUUAACUUUUGAUCCUAGUGUUGUAGAAAUAUUCUUAGCUCUUACAUCUGGAGCUUCAAUUGUUUUUGUACCAGAAAAAAUUAAGGCUAUGCCAAAGAAACUUUCUCUGAUAUUAAAAAAACAAAAUAUUACAAUAUUGCAGGCUACUCCAACAUUAGUGAGCAAUUUUGGAAUAGAAGUUUUAAAAGAAUCAAUUUUAUCAGAAUCAUCAUUACUUCGUAUUCUUGCAUUUGGUGGAGAAGAAUGCCCUUUACCUAGUAGUAUUAAUAAGUGGAAAUCCAAAAAUAACUCAACUAGAUUUUUUAAUUUAUAUGGGAUCACUGAAGUAUCAUGCUGGUCAACAUAUUGUGAAAUUUUGCCUGAAGAUUUAAUGUGUAUAAACAAAGUUACUCAACUGGGAGAAUGCCUUGUUGAUACUGAAGUUCAAGUAUUAAAUGAAGAAAAUUUAAAAAUAGAUUAUGGAGAAGGAGAAUUAUAUAUAGGAGGUGCUCGUCAGUGUUUCAUUAAUGAAGAAAUUCAGAUAAAAAAUAUAAACAAACAAAUGAGAGCAACAGGAGAUUGGGUGUACAAAAAAGAAAAUGGUGAUUUAUUUUUUAUAAAACGGAAAGAUUCUGUAGUGAAACACAAUGGAAAGAAAAUAGAUAUUGCAUUUAUUGAAAACAAUGUUAGGAAAUUGCCUUUUGUAAAUUGUUGUUCAACUUUUUACCACAAAGAAGAAAAACUGCUUUAUGUCUUCAUAAUUCCUGUAGAUAAACAGAAAGAACUGAAUCAGAUUGAAAUGGAAAUUUUCAAAAUUUUUAAAACUGAGCAGUCGGCGAUUAUUCCAUUUGUUGUUCAAGUUAUUUAUUCUUUUCCACAAACAACUCAUGGAAAAUUAGAUUAUGAAGUGCUAAUAAAUUAUGGUAAAUGUAAAAGGAAGAGGAAAAAUAUGGAAGAUUUUAAUAUUCAUGAAGAAUUAUUGACACUAUGGAAAAAAUAUACAGGACUUACUUCUAUUAAUGAAACUGAAAAUCAUCAAUUCAUUUAUGAUGGUGGAGAUUCAAUUGGAGCUGUUCAAUUAUCAAAAGAAAUAGAAUGGUAUAUUGGAAAUGAUUACCCAUUACUAAUUGAAAAAUUGCUUAAUUGUUCACUGCAAGAUGUUUUAAACUAUUUAAUUGGGUUUAAUGAUGAAGGAAAAAGAAUAUUACCAGUAAAUGAGAAUACUGAUUUAGGAAUAAUUAAAAGAUCAAAAAUAAAUAAUCUUCCUGAAGGAAUUAAAGACUUAGAUGAAAAAAACACUCAUCCAAAAAUGUAUGUUAAAAAUGAAGCAAGAUCAUGUUUUCAUGUUUUUAGUAGACGUGGAAUUGUAAAAAGAUGUGUUUGUUUAUUAUGUUCAAAUACUCUAAAUUUAUCAAACAAAGAAAAUUUUAAUUCUGCUUCUUUAAAAUGCAUUUGGAAUUAUGAUUUAGAAAAAUGUAUUGAUGCAUCACCUCUUGUUAUAAAAGAUCUAAGGUACUGCAAAUAG